AAAUCUUUUCAUUGGCUGAGCACUCAUGUCCACGCGUGUUUUGUCGCGUCUCGCAGGAAAUGGAAUAUUAAUUACCUUGAUGGAGUUGAUGGCUUGAUGCAUUAUUUUGAAAAGUCAUACAAAAAUGUUAUAAAAUUUUGCCUAUUUUAAUCCAAAUUUUUUUUGCCAUGUUGUUUCCAAGGUCAUGUAAAAAACCCAAGUUGUCGAUGAAAUUUUUUUGUCGUUAUUUGAGCAAUAAAUCGAGAAUUACCUUGCCUUACUCUGAGAAAGUGAUAAUGCUAAACUCGCAAUACAAUGACCCAUAUCUGAAUCUAGCCUACGAAAAUUUUAUGUACGAGAAUUUGAAUUUGGAAAGCCAUGAUGUGUUGUAUUUUUGGCAGAACUCACCGUGCGUAGUCAUUGGUAGGCACCAAAAUCCAUGGUUGGAGUGCGACCUACGGUAUUUGAAAGAGCAUGGUAUUAAACUGGCAAGACGAUACAGUGGUGGAGGCACUGUAUACCAUGAUUUGGGUAAUUUGAAUAUAACAUUUAUGACCAGUCGAGCAAGGUACAACAGAAAGUGGAAUUUGGAAUGUAUUGCCAAAGCUCUUUCUGACAGAUGGAAUUUAGAUGUUGACUUAUCACCUCGGGAUGACGUAGUGGUUGAUGGUAUAUUUAAGAUUUCUGGAUCUGCUGCAAAACUUGGGAAAUAUUCGAGUUACCAUCAUUGUACAUUACUAUGUGACGUUGAUCUUGAUAGGUUGAAUAGGGCUAUCAUGCCCAGAAUGGUCGCAACUUCUCGAGCAACACAAAGCGUCAGCUCCCAUGUUAUUAAUCUGAAGGAUAUUGAACCAUCACUAAAUGUUAACGAGAUCAUAACGAGUGUGGCUCGGACAUAUAUGCAGGAAAAUGAACAUCCAAAGAUACUUUCUAUGGAUAUAUUUAGGAAAAACUUCACUGAAAUUCACAAAAUUAAAAAUGAGCUUUUAACUUGGGAAUGGAUAUUUGGUAAAACAUCACCUUUUACCAUAACUAAAUCUAGUCUUCUACCAUCUGGAACCAAAGUAAAAGUUGACUUAGAUAUACAAUCUGGUCGGAUCAAUAAUAUGGCUAUUUUACCAAAUUUUGUAUUUGAGAAUGAAAUAAAUAAACACCUCAGAGGUAUACGUUUUGAAUCUGAUGCGGUCUCGAAAGCCAUUGGUUUAUGUCUUGAGAAAAGUGCAGGAUUUCAAGAUCAUACAAUGGAAAAAGAUUUUCGGGAUAUUUUACAAAAUAUUUCAAAAAUUGCUUGAUGCUUG